AUGUCAAAAGAUUUAUCAGUGCCGCCUGAAAUCCCUAAAGAAGAUGGCAGACCCAAGUGGGACAAUAAGUUCCAGUAUAUUUUAAGCUGUAUCGGAUUUGCUGUCGGUCUGGGGAACGUGUGGCGAUUUCCAUACUUGUGUCAGAUACAUGGAGGCGGGGCGUUCCUGAUCCCAUACUUCAUUGCUCUUCUCUUCGAAGGAAUCCCACUGUUGCAUCUCGAACUGGCCCUUGGACAGUGCCUGAGGAAAGGCAGCAUCGGUGCCUGGAACACCAUCUCACCUUACCUCGGAGGAGUCGGGGUUGGUUCGUGGAUGGUGUCGGUUCUGGUGAGCUUAUACUACAACACCGUUCUAACGUGGGUGAUGUGGUAUUUCAUAAACUCCUUCCAAGAACCUCUUCCUUGGAGUGUUUGUCCUCUAAAUGAAAACAGAACAGGGCUCAACGAAGAAUGUUAUGAAAGUACCACAGUAAAUUAUUUUUGGUACAGGAAAACUUUGAACAUAACACCCGAUGUCACUGAGAGUGGCACAUUACAGUGGUGGCUCAUUUUGUGUUUAGCAACUUGCUGGGCAAUUGUCUAUCUCUGCACUAUCCGAGGAAUUGAAACCACGGGAAAGGCAAUUUAUGUAACAGCAAUAUUUCCUUACCUGGUCCUAACUAUAUUCCUUAUUCACGGCCUCAGUCUACCAGGAGCCACUGACGGUCUGGCUUACCUCUUCACCCCUAAUACCGGCAUCAGAAGUCAAAAUGAAAAUCCAGCUGCAAUCAACCUGCAGUUCAUGAUUAGUCGGUUUGAGGAAGCAGAUCCUGGGGACAUCCUUGAAGAGUCAUCUGAAGAUGGUUUUGGUGAUGAAACAAUGUUCUUAUCUACAACCAUGGAAAAGCUGAUGCAACAGCCCGGGCUCAACGAAGAAUGUUAUGAAAGUACCACAGUAAAUUAUUUUUGGUACAGGAAAACUUUGAACAUAACACCCGAUGUCACUGAGAGUGGCACAUUACAGUGGUGGCUCAUUUUGUGUUUAGCAACUUGCUGGGCAAUUGUCUAUCUCUGCACUAUCCGAGGAAUUGAAACCACGGGAAAG